CCUGUCCGCCAUGUUCGUUCCUUCCGCGGCGCCCGGCGGCGGUGGCGCAGCCCGGGACCGGCAGCGGCGGCAGGAGCGGCCACAGCCCCAUCCUGCGGGCUGGGAUCGGCCUCGCCAGCGCGCCCGGGAGCGGCGGCAGUUCCCUUCCCGCGGUCUGGAGCCGAGCCAGAUUUUUGGAAACUUGCAGAUCUGCUAUAGGCAACAAGUUUAAUCACUGUAGUGAUUGAGGUCUGAGAAAUGUAAAUCCUCCACAAACAGUCUAGGAAAACAGGAGGAUCUGUUCCCGUAACAAUGGCAGCAAAAUCAUCACUCCUUAAAGUAAUACUGCUAGGCGAUGGUGGAGUUGGGAAGAGUUCCCUCAUGAACAGAUAUGUCACCAACAAGUUCGAUGCACAGUUGUUUCAUACAAUAGGUGUGGAAUUCUUAAAUAAAGAGUUGGAAGUCGAUGGACAUUUUGUUACAAUGCAGAUAUGGGACACAGCAGGUCAGGAACGGUUUAGGAGCUUGCGGACUCCUUUCUAUAGAGGUUCUGACUGUUGCCUGCUAACCUUCAGCGUGGAUGACUCUCAAAGCUUCCAAAACUUAAGCAACUGGAAGAAAGAAUUCAUUUAUUAUGCAGAUGUCAAGGAGCCUGAAAGUUUUCCAUUUGUGAUACUGGGUAACAAAGUUGAUAUCGAUGAAAGGCAAGUAUCUACAGAAGAAGCCCAAGACUGGUGCAGGAAUAAUGGCAACCAUCCCUAUUUUGAAACCAGUGCAAAAGAUGCCACUAAUGUUGCAGCAGCCUUUGAAGAAGCUGUUAGAAGAGUUCUAGCCUCUGAAGAUAGAUCAGAUCACUUUAUUCAAACAGAUACAGUAAACCUUCAUCGGAAACCGAAGCCCAGCUCAUCUUGUUGUUGACUUAAAUUUAUUUUUGCCAAAUUACUGUUGACUAGCUUGUUCUGUAAAAGAAUGGAGAAGGUGUAGUAGAUAGAAUAACAAUGGGUUUCACUCUAAUAUUAAAAUCGUAAUAUUCUGCUGCUUUUAUGGGGGAGAAAAAGAAAAAUCUCCAUUCAUGAGUGACCCGUUAUUGAAUUAGUGAUGCUUUCUGUUCAGGAAGACAUCAAGGAAGAAAAUAAUAUAAGAAUGUAAUUUGCCAACUUUAUUCAAAUGAUAAAUACUUUGAAUAUAAUUAAAACUUGAAAGUUCUAGAAGCACUACUUUGGAGAAGCUGUUCUGGAAUUCAGGCACAAAGAUACUUUUAUAUGUGUAUAUUUUUAUGAAAUUGGCAUUCCACUUUUGUUUCCUUAGAUGUCAGUUUCUUAACAAUGCUAGAUAUUAAACUUCAGUCUCACUACAUUCCUUUUGCUGUGAGUGGUACUUCAUCUCUAAUGUGGUUAUUAUAAGUUAAUAUAAAUUAUGUCCAGGUCUUCUACAAUUGCCUAAUGUUGCUGUAAAUUGUGUAGGUUUGUAAGUAGGAAGCAAAUUUCCUACGUAUUUAAUGUCCAUUUUUUCCCAAAUACUAUUCUAAUGCUGCACUAAUUUUUCCAGUGGUUUAAUGCAAAAUACUGAUAAUUUUCAAAAUUAAUGUGUAUCCUCACCUUAAGUCCAUGCUAGCAUGUUACUGAUCAAUAAGGUGAGAAAUCUGAGUAACUGAAGUAUAACCAUUUUUUGAAAAAGAAAUGCUUUUUUCAGUCAGCUUUAAUAGCACUUGAAAGGAUCCUCAUUGUGACAGUUUUUUAGGAAAACUCCUUGUGUACAGCCUUAGAAGCUCCAAACUUCUUGUUCCUGUUAACCUGAGCUAUGAUUGUGUUUACCAGUAAUAUCUCCACUGUGAUAUUAAGGAUUGGCAAUACGUAGAGAACUCAGGAAGCUCUUGACUUACAGUAGAUUUGACAGCUUUCAGCCCUAAUACAGGUAUAUAAAAAUAGUGUUUGAGCUGAAUUUGAUAAUUAUUAAAAUUGCUAUUUUAGGAUAUGGACUUGUACCUUUAAGAGAUAAUGUCUUUUAUAUUACGGAAUUAAUUUCAUAAUUAUGAACCAGAGCAAAUUCUGUAUUUGUUGGACAGUUUUUUUGCAGUCAGGCAGACAAAACUGCAGGUGUUUUUGAGGCUUUCAGGUGCAGUUUAAGUGGUAGAAUACUUGUAUGAGAAAUUCUUCAAUAUUGGCUCUCAAAAGUAACCACUGUCCUUGCAGUAGCAAAAUUGCAGUGCACUAGCAAUUGCUUCCAUCUGUAAUUGACUGCUAACAGGCACACAUGUAUGUGUGGUCUGAGAGAGGAAGUCUGAUACUGCAGGACAGGCCAUGUUAUUCAUUAAACAACUGCUUUCUGUAGAGAAACUUUUUUGUUUCAAUGGAAAAGCCUUUCUUGAGAGUACAUUACCAGCAAGCACUUUAUCUUAAAAGUAUCUAACCAAUCUGUACCUACCAGCUGUAAUUAUUUGGAAGUAAAGCUUGCAAAACCAAACCCUUCUUGUUCCUCUUAGUACACUUUUCUGAAUGUAUUUUAUACUUGCUUGAACUUGUCCAGGACAACUUUAGUCUGCAGAUCUGCUACUCCUGCUUAAAACUACCAUCUUUUUAUCUUCUGUGCAUUCCUGAUUCAUUCUUGCAGCCCUGCAUCUUCACCAACAGAACUGUGUUUUAAACUUAGUCCCUGAGCAGUUAAACAUAGGUUGAACUACUACUUAUGUUUAAUUUCUAGUCAAUGAAUAAAAAUAUCUGUGAAGAAAAUCUUAGCUAAAUUCCUCCUAAUCUUAGGAUGAGAGAGCAAAAAGCUUUAUAAAUGAAGAUUGCUUGUGUCAGGGGCUACUAAGCUAGUGACAUGAAAUUUUUGUAAAACUACUACCUUGCUACUUAAAGCUUCCUUUAACAUUCAUUUUAGCAGAGAUUAAGGUUGAAACAAAACAGGAGCUGAAGAUACUGUGACUAGAGUACUAUAGAUACCAUUCAAGUAAGAUUGUUAAAAAGGAAAAAUGAAGGAUGAGAACCACUGUGGUCUUUCUUCUGUGUAGGCAUCUGUGUUUUCCUAUCUGUCCCCUUUCCAUUUAACAUAACAAGUAGGUUUAAUAAAAUUAAAACAUAA